GAGGAAGAGGAAUUAUAGUACUAGUAGUAAUGGAAGAAAAGUCGGAGGACAAACUGUGAUACACCUUGCAAUACAACAACUAGCGAGGUGGCGGAACAAAGGAUCAACACAAAGGAACUUGACUCAGAAAAACGCGAGGCAAAACUGACCUGAUGAUUUGUGAUGUUUUAUAUAGUCAAAACUCAUAAAUCCAGGGCUUUCUUCUUCCCACACACACAUAGAGAAGGAAAUAGAGAAGGAAGCUCAAACAGAAAUAGCUGAAGGGAACAGUGAUAAGUGACAGUGAUGAUAAAGAGCAGAAGUAGCGGUACUCCCUCCUCUCUCCUUCCCUCUCUCCCUCCCUCCAUAGCUGGCUGGGGUUCAAGUCCACGGUCAGGCGGUGGCGCUAAGUUCCAUCUCCUUCCACGGCGUGGUUCAUGUUCACGCAGCGGAAAGUAUGGGGCGUAAGUUGAGUUGUGACCUCGUGACCCGUUAGGAAAGAGAGCCUGACAGUUCUUCCUCCAUGUGUGUGUGUGUGUGUGUGUGUGUGUGUGUGUGUGUGUGUGUCAGUCGCUACACUUUCACCCUUAAUUCUCAAGGUGUACAUAAACGUUCUCCACGCAUGUCAUAUAAUACGCCUGAACGCGCGAAUAUCACGUCACUAUUUAUUUUCAAGUUCCUGGCGGGAUUUGAACUCUGGCGUCUCAGUGUUCCUAAGACCGUCACUCUAUCUGCUGCCACAGGAGACGUACUACGCAUAGCAUGUGGGCGUGUCGGCGUGCUCGAUACGCACAUAUAACCCUUAGGCAAAAGCAAGUAGCACAGCACGGCGUGAGGUGCAGAACUGUGACCAGACACACAUCCACACUGCACCACCCUACCUCCUGCCAGUCUACCAUGAGUCCUGACCACGCUUGCAGACUGCCAUGUUGCUGCUUCCCUCCGCCUCGUCAGUCAGCCUCGUCCCUCUGCAUGACAACAUAUGGCCAUUCACCAUCAGCCGCUGUGGUGGUACGCCUCUCCUCCACCGACUGGAGCAAAGGGCGGCUGAUCUGCUUAGCCACCACCAGCACACUCCACCGCCGUCCUCCUGGCCUCGUGAACCUGUGACCCGACGUGACACGCAGUCGAGAAGACACCACCCGGGCACUGGCAGGCGGCACAGGAGAGAUGGCUACCCCCAGUCUUACCCCAAGGUAGUGUGCAAAUCCUCCAACUCUGGUCUGUUCUCGCUUUUCACCUUCGCCAUUCUCGCCCUGGACCUCACCGGAGACAUCAUGGCUGACAUCAACAUCAACGUCAACAUCACGGCAACCGGCACCACCACCACCACCACCACCACCAAUAACAAUAAUAACAAUAAUAACAAUAAUAACAAUAACAAUAAUAAUAACAAUAAUAAUAACAAUGGUGGUAUGAGAUCUUUCAAGAGAUUUGAGGAAGUGGAGAUGGAUGAGGUGGAGAAGGAAGAGGAUAGUCGACAGGUUUUCCUCCCUUUCUUUCCAUUUUUCGCCUCCUCCGCCGCCUCCUCCUCCCAUCCUCCUCUGCCCCUCCUGACAUCUUGGUUCAAAAUGGUGCAUAAUGUUUAUUGUGUUUUUAUGUGUCCUUGAUGUCUCGUGUUUGGGAAUCGCCGCUUUACUCAUUUGUGUGUGGAGAAUUACGUAUGGAACAUGUUGUAUUUGUUUUCACUCUUUCAAUGAGAA